GUUUGGGUAACAAGGUUGCCCUCACUAAACAAGGCGGAGGCGGCUUCAUUGCCUUGGUGCAUUUACCCACAAUCCCCCGCUUCGCCCUUAGUGAACAUGGCGGGGAUGAGCCUACUGAGGCCAGCGGCAGCUCUCUUCAGCCGCCUCCGUCUGCCGUCCCGGGGGCUGCUGGCAGGGAACAGCCUGCUCGGGAAACUACCCCAGGCCGGGAACGGUAAGACCCCGGGAGGGGGCAGAAUACGGGCAGGACAGGGGCAGCUGGCUGGGGCAGGGCGCAGUGACCUUCAUAGGCGGCGGGCAUACCUCUAUUAUUAUUAUUAUUAUAGCACAGAUACUCAGGUAUCCUGCCUGGAUAUUUUAUUUAAGUGUAAAUUGUCAGAAUUCAAAGUGAAUUUCAAGUUUGAGGCCAAAAUAGCCGAUUUUGGAAACAUUUUCAAACUCCAUUGUAAUCACAACUAUAUUGGGCUACUUUAAAUGUUACACUUUGGUGUUUAAUUUAUUGUAUUUCUUAUCACAUUCAUGUACCUAAUACACGGUUAAAAUACAGUGACAGGUCAUCCAAGGGCUUUGCUGCAGUAAGUGCAGGUUGCGUUGGACGUUGAUGUUGUCCCCCCAAUACAAUGUAUCCAGAUAAUGACAGAUCCCCCAGAUGUUGUGAAACUACAACUCCCAUGAUGCUUUGCAUGCCUUUUAGAAUGGACAGGGCAGAGCAUUAUGGGAGUUGUAGUUCUACAACAUCUGUGCAGCCAUGCACUAAAGUGUGAUUUGUCGGGUAAUCAAAAUUAAUUUAUAUUUUGAGGUCAAAGUGGAUAACUGGAAAAAAAAAAUAGCCAAGACAGCUAAGUUUUAAUUUAAGUUAUUUUGGUCCAAACUAUUAAAUCUGCUAUGAAUUCACAAUAAUUCACAGUUUUAGGAUUAAUGUAUAUUAGAAAAACCCCAAUAGUAAUACUAUUUAGGGUUUUUAAUGAGCGCGCUAUCAGUGUAAUAUAGUUGUAAAGUAUGAACUAAUGUGGUGUUAGAUCUGUGCUAGAUGUUUCCAGUUUUCAGGGUCUCUCCAGUUUGUGCUCUUCGUGAGGAACACAUAGGAGCGAUUGCCCUUCCCUGUAUAAUCUUGGACCAACGGGCACAUGUACUGCAGUCGUCCGGUAUCACAGAGAGCAAACUGAAGAGACACCGAAGGAGGAAAACUGGAAAAUUCCAGCACAGAUCUAACAACACAUCAGGUGCUCUGCUUAAUUUUAUUGGAAGGAUUCCUCAAUAUCCACAUACACAGGAUUAAAUUACAAAUAUAUCCGCACCUUUACCCACGACGACGUACCACCCAGAUAAAGAAACUAUUGUGCAGCAUCGAGACUCAUUUAAACUUGUAAGUCUGUUAAAGUCUGGAUGAAUGGCUCACCCCAUACUGCUCAGCUUAUGAAUAUGAAAAUAUAUACAAACUUCAUGGAUACAUGUUUGUCAUAUUUUAAUAAAAGGUCAUUCAAUAUAGUUGUCUCAUUUCCCUUUUUUGUGCUCAUUGGGUCAAAUCUACUAAACUACAGUCUUGGCAUUAAACCUGCAUGUCUCAGAAAGUAGAACAAAUUGACAGACAAUCAAGUGUAUCGCCUGGAAUUUAAAGUACAUUUCAUAUGCUAGACCAAAAUAGCCAAAUGGAAACAUAGCUGACUUGGGGAGUUUUUCCAGUUUUGGUUGUUAUGGCCUAAAAGUUUGAAUUCCCGACAGUACAUGCUUUUUAGAGAAUAACAUUAAAAUUGCUUUUAACGUUGAAAGCCUGUACUUGCACUUUAGCAAACAACUAUAUUUAGUCACGUCCUCUAUCAUAGACCUUAAUGGGUAUUUGUUCUGUUAGUUUAACAAACUCAUGUUAAUAGUAUAGCAACUUAUUUCAUUUUCAUUUUUUAUUUUUUAAUGGUCGCCCGGGUAUUGUAUCUAUUAUCGUGCAGGAGGAUGUUAAAAAUCUGGAAAUAAGCACCCAAUAUUUUUUAUUCUUCAGAGAACUUUAUCAGCUGCACCAGAAAAUUUACUUUUUUUUAUUAUCAUAAGCGCAGAGGGGGAACGUUAAUGUGCAUACACAGUGAGCACAAUGUGUGCGUUAGGCCUUGAAUCAAUGCUUUCCCUCUGUGAAGCUGCACAAAGUGCCUCUAGUGGCUGUCUUAACCCUGCAAUGUAAAUAUUGCAGUUUCUCUGAAACUGGAAUUUUUUAGAUUGCAAGUUUAAUGGCGCAGGGACACUUUGAGUGAGGUGUAUAGUUUAGCAAAAGAAAGUAAACAUUUGGCGCUCUGCAGGAUAGCUUACUCAUCAUGAUAAUGCCAGGCACUCAUGCGUACCUGAGCAUAUGCGUGAUCUAUAGCUCUUCGAACUCUUGUGGCAGGAUAUGAAUGCAAUUUCUGUAAAAAACAUUCUUUUUAGUUAACAUUGCUAUAAUUGGUAAAAGCAGAUGAGUUUAUAGAUUUGUUUUUCAUUUAUGAAUAUAAGGCUGUACAAGUAUAGCUUUAUUUACAGCAGAUGGUAUUAGCCAAUGUUGUUCUUUGUGCUGUUUUUGUCCUGCUGACAUUGUGUGUAACUUUGUAUAUAUAUAUAAUAUAAUAUAAUUUUUUAUUUUAUUUUUUUAAAUGUAGUGCCUGUGCGAUUUGGCAGCCAUGGGAAGAAACUGUUUGUAGUGGAGCCAUCCCAUUUCUAUGAUAGGAGGUUCAUGCGUUUAAUGGUAAGAAAAACAUACACCCAAGUGUAUUCUUUAUUUAGAUUUUCAUUUGUGAUGAUGUGCAACUCUUUGUUGUAUGUUCAUCAUUUUGUGUUCUGUAGAUUAGAUUAAUGCCAUUAUUGGUUGGAAAAGUUUUGGAGCUUUAUGUUGUAUGUUAAAGAUUUCCGGUAUAUAUAAAUGUUCUUUGAAUACACCACAGCACGUAUGGAUACUCAUCCAUUUCCCCCAUGAUACCAUGAGUGUGCAGUAGUACUUAGGCAUCUUUUUUUUUUUUUUUUCUCAUAAUUCAGCAAAUUACUUUAAUUGCAUUUUCCAAUUCCAGAAGAAUUGCACAACAUAAUGACAUAAAAUAAUAAUUACAACACAUAUUAAGAAUCUUGUGUAUAAUGUAAGCCAAAGUUUUAAAAUGUUUUUUAUGUAUCUUUAUGAUUGACAGUGAUGUUAAAAUAUUGUGUAACCUGUAGCUUAACUAUUGGAUUUGAGUGAGGAGGAAAUCAUUUUGAUGGCUGGUGCAGGAUUUAUUAUUGUGCAGCUGCAUUAGGAGAGUAAAUACAAUACAAAUAUAUAAAUAGCAUGUGUAGCCAAAAUGUAUUUCCACCACUAAUAGACCACAUGUCCCUUGCUUUGUCAAUCUCAUAACAUUGCUGCCUAUGGUGUGAUUGAAUUCAAAAUGAAUGAGCUUCUAGCUGUGCCAGAUUAGAGGCAAUUCAGACAAUAGUGUAUGGAAUAAAUAUUCGACGGCCAUUCAAAGUAUAGGAUUUGGACUUUAUCUUGCCUCCUUCCAUAUUAUUCUGGUCACGUUCAGACAGCAGUAAUAAUCUGUCAUAUUUAUGUUGUACUGAAUUACUGAUUGCUGUUUGUUUUGAUUUCUCGUUUAUUUUAUUCAAUAUUCAAUCAGCAUUAAACACAUUUAGAUAAGCACUGUUUAAAUGAUUACAUAAUAUAAUUUGGGAACAAUUUAUUAUAGAUUUCAUUGACUUUUUUUUUUUUUUUUUCUCCCCCAGAGAUUUUAUAUUUUACUAACAGCAGUACCCGCAGCAGCAUUUGUAACCUUUGUCAAUAUUUUCAUCGGUGAGUAUUUUGUAAAUCCUUCUGAUUGUUUACUUUCAUGUAGAAGCUAGGGAUUCUGAUAAUUCUCACAAGUCUUUGCUUCAGAGAGUUAGACAGAGACUCACUUUAAAAUAUUUAUACCCUCUUUCUUUUAAAAUGCUUUGGGCAAAUAUAACAAGCUCUUCAAGCAUCCAGUAGUUGCUAAUGAAUGCUACCAGCAGGUGGCAGCAAUUUGCCAAGAAUUGCACCUGUGUUUACCUUGGUAAUUAUGGCUUCAUGUCAAUACUGCCGAGUGCUUAAAGGGAUACUCCAGACACCCAGACCACUUCUGCCCAUUGGAGUGGUCUGGGUGCCAACUCCCACUACCCUUAACCCUGCAAAGUAAAUAUUGCAGUUUAUGAAAACUGCAAUAAUUACACUUGCAGGGUUAAGUCAUCCUCUAGUGGCUGUCUACCAGACAGCCACUAGAGGGACCUCCGUGUUCAUAGAACACGAAAAGUUUUAAAACCACACUGGACGUCCUCAUACUUUGUGAGGACCUCCAGCGUCGCCGAAAUCCCCAUAGGAAAGCAUUGUAUAAUUGUAUAAUGCUUUCCUAUGGGGAGGUCUAAUGCGCGCGCAGCCAUUGCCGCGCAUGCGCAUUAGGUCUCCCCUGCUGAGUGACGUCAGCGGGGGAGGAGCAUGGGCGGAGGCUGACCCAGCGCUGGUUUCCGGUAAGUAACUGAAGGGGUUUUAACCCCUUCAGCAACUUGGGGUGGGAGGGAGAGGGACUCUAGAAGGUCCUGCGGUGCCCUUUAAUCCUUCCUGCCAAUAGGGUGUGCUAUACUGACAGUAAGGUGGUGUAGCACGCAGUAACGAUCUGACUCUCCUUGCAGCCUGAACACUUACCCAUUGUACCAAUCAUUAUUGUGUUACCUGCCUGUCAACCCAGGCCCUUCCCCUUGCAGCCAAUCCAGCCUAAAAGAGUUAUUUGUGUAAUCGCAGUGAAUUGAUUUUGAAAUAUAUAAUACUAUAAUUUAUAACAGCCCAGCAGAAUGCUAGAGAGUUUAAUUUCCCAGGCUUAUAUUUGACCCUGUAACUUUGCAAAACUCCAUAAAACCUGAACAUGGAGGGCAUCUUUGUACUUGUGGGAUAUCACAGCCUGUGUCUGUAUUGCAGUAAAAGCCAACAGUAUUGACAUUCACAGUUUAAAUGCCAUGCAGAACUUGGAAAAUAAAAGCAUUGCGUAAUAUUUCACACGCUCUUAGAUUUCAUUCAUCUUAAAUUGCUUUAUAUAUAAUUAUUUUCCUCUGAACAAAAUUAUAUAUGAGAGAGGGGCACUUAAUAUGAAAGAGGAAAAUUAUGGUUAAAGAAACAUAUAUAGCAAAAAUUCUAGGUUUUGUUUUGGUAAAGAACGUGCCUCUGUAUUAAAGGGACACUGAAGUCACCCAGACCACUUUCAUUGAAAUGGUCUCAACAUUUAUUUCUUUGCCCCCAGAAAAACACUUUUUUUUGUUUUGUUUACAUAACGAAGUCUGCACAGUAAUGCAAGUUAUUAAAUAUUAAAGAUUAGAAAAAAUAUUACUGAUCUUGUCACACAAAUUAAAUAUGUGGAGAUAAAAAAAUAAAAGGUAAUUUAUGUGUAAAAUGACAAAAAUGCUUUGACAAAAUGGGAUUAUUUUGACAUUAGUUUGUGUACUUGCGUAUGUGACUCUUCUGUUAUUUUCCCUUAUUUGUCUUUGUGGGCUCUUUAAUCAUGCAGUUUUCUUUUUAUUCUUUGACAUAUUGUCCAGUUUACAUACUUUACAUGGUAUCUUAACAGGCGAAGCAGAACUUGCAGAAAUUCCUGAAGGUUAUACUCCAGAUCACUGGGAAUAUUACCAGGUAGAUCCUGCUACUUUUUUUUUUUUUUUUUCUUCUUCUUCUUCUUCUUCUUCUUCUUCUUCUUCUUCUUCUUAAUAUUGAUUUUUCAAUAAACAGAAUGAUACAGCAGGUAGGGAGAAAGGAAAUAAAUCACUCCUAGAAGGAAAUCAAAGACAAAUUAAAAUAUUGUACUCUAUUUUGACUGUACUUUAACCCCUUAAGGACACAUGACAUGUGUGACAUGUAAUGAUUCCCUUCUAUUCCAGAAGUUUGUUCCUUAAGGGGUUAAAGGAGUGCACAGGAUCCUCUUAAAAUAUCAGAUCAAGACGUGUGAUGAACUAAGCACAAUUAAAAUACCAGGAGUGCAGGUGGGAGAAAUGUUAAAGGCUAGGAAGGAAAUGGAUGGGGGGUGGAGGGGUGGCAACAAGGCCACUGUGGUCUUAAAAUAAGUAGAAUAAAAGGGAGAGUGGAAUUGUGGUACAACUAUUGUUCAAAAUGAUGGUGCUAAUCAUUGGCGUAUGCCACUUAACUUUAACACUUUAGUAGCUAUACCCAAAAAGAAAACAUACAUGUUUUCUUUGGGUGUAGACCUGCUGCCUGCAGCCUUUACACAGGAAGCCUCUUUCCCAGGCACAGACUUUGAAAUGGAAGGAUGAUAGGAGAACAGAGACGGUGUAUUCCUGAGUCCAUGUGAGGGAAAGCAGGAUGGGAGGAAUAGGGUUAAACAGAGAGUGGAGAGUCUAAGUAUCUAAAAACAAAAGUAGAAGAAUAAUUAAUGCUGUGAGAGUCUCAACCAGGAGUUUUCAACCAGAUUUUGUGAACUGGCCUUGGUGGUCAUGUAUUUGGGAGGUCACUUUAUCUCUGUCUAAAGCUUCCUAUUUUUUUCUUUCAGCAUCCAAUAACUCGAUGGAUUGCCCACCAUAUUACUGAAUCUCCUGAAUGCUCCUAUGAAAAAAUGAUGGCUUUAAUACAUACUGAGGCAGAGAAAGCAGAUCUACGGUAAAAAAGAACCUGUCUAUUUUGCAAUUUGCCCCAGAAUAGCACUUAUUAUUCUUAUCUUAUGCUAUGUUAAUUGAACUUUAAUCACACACAUGAGUCUGCUGCAGGCUAUUAACAGAGCAGAAUAUAAGAAAUUCUAAUUCAAACAAUUUUUUUCAUAUAGGGAAGCUAAAAACGACAGCUUUUUUUUUUUCAGGAAGUGUGUUUGGUGGCUGAGUUAGUCUCAGCCAGGGGAGGUGUAACUAGGGCUGCAUUUACAAAGUAAUUUAACUCCUAAAUGGCAGAUAAUUGAGCAGCAAGACUGUAGGGGCAUGAUCUAUACAACAAAACUGCUUCAUUAAGCUAAGGUUGUUUUGGAGCUUAGAGUGUCCCUUUUAAAAAAAAAAAUCACCCCUUAUGUGCAAUAUUUUAUUGUAAUGUUUAAAAGCUUUAUAGUUUUUUCAUAAAAAUGACUUGCAGACUGCUAUGCCAUAAUACCUAUCUAGUUAUGCCCCAUUACUCUAGAAAUAAACUUCAUUAUCAAAUGUAUGCACACAGAUAUGCCUCUGAUAGCACUGAAUGAUCUAAACUAAAAACCACCUGCAUUAGAAGGACACCUAGGAAGAAAUAUUAAAGAUGUCACUACCAAUUAAUGGUUUAUUUGACUGUCUGCAGCCAGGUUGUGAAUUAAAAGUAGCUCGACCAGUGUUAUUUGGGCAGAGAAACUUACUUAUAAUCCACUGCUAUGACUUGCUUCUAGCAAAGGAUACUACUCACUAGAGGUCAUCUGAUCCAAUCUAAUGUGCCUUCUAGAAAAGAACUGAACAAUGCUUCUCAUAUUUAAAACAUCAAAUUUAGUGCAAAUUUUAGCUGCUGUCAGCAUCACCAGGCUAUGUCAUGCUGUAACGUGAAGACUUUAGGAGGAUGUGCCUCUAGUGGGUGUCUCCCUGGCAGCCACAAGUGACAUACACUUGGAGAAAUGUAAACAUUGCCAUUUCUCAGAAACGGCGUUUUACAUUUUGCAAACCGCAUCUAUGCACAUUAAAAUGUAGUAAUUUUGGUACCAAGAUGGUCCCUUUAAAUGGACAAAUGCAUUGGAGAUACAACCUGCUCUGAGUUAUUAUACUGAUAACUUGUCCACCCGCCUAAUUAGUAAAUUAUCAUAAGCCAAACUCCUGACAAGCAGAUUGUAGAGGUUCAGUUGUUAAUCCAUGAAAUAUCCAUAAAUAUACCCUGUUUAACUAUAUUUUUGGAAAAAUUUACUAGCUAUUUUUCUGAUAUAAUUAUAUGUAUUAAACUUUUUCAACAGGUUGAAACAAACAGAAGCACGUCGCUUGAUGAGACAGAGAGGAGAUGGUCCUUGGUAUUACUAUGAAACACUUGAUAAAAACCUUAUCGAUUAUGGACACAGGGAGACCCCUGAUGAUUAGGGUCUGUUGGCAUUCAGGAACAUUUUGAAUCUUUGUAACCACAAUAACUUAUGCCCUGUAUUUGUUUCAAACAAUAAAGUUUAUUUCAAUACAUUGGCAAAGUCUUCAAA